CCUGUGUGUGUGUCUGAGUUGUGAGCAUUCUGUGCUUGUGUGAAGUUUUCAUUGGAUUUAAGUUGUAAAUGGUGCGUUCACACAUUAAGAGUAUUUGCUGUCAGAUUGUAUUGAGGUGAGUGAGUGUGUGUGUGUGUGUGUGUGUGUGUGUGUGUGCGAGAGGAAGUGAUCAUUGUUCCUGUACAGACUGAAUGAAGAGGGAAACGCAAAUCCUGAGAAAAUCCAGAGGAGUUUGAGUGUGAAUCUCACAUGAUCCUGACGGACAGACGAUGAUGAUGAUGAUGAUCUGCACACAGAGACAGACAGACGGCUGGUGUUGAGUGUGUGUGUUCGGGGACAGCAUGGCUCCUCGGCCGUCCUCAGGAGAGUUAUGGGGGCUUCACCUGAUGCCUCCUCGGAUCCUGGUGGACUGCUGUCUGCCGAACGGGAUCCUGGUGAGUCUGGAGUGUCUGAGAGAAGCUCCUCUGACCAGCAUCAAGCAGCAACUCUUCAGCGAGGCCCGCAAAUACCCGCUCUACCACCUGCUGCAGGAGGAGUCCUGCUACAUCUUUGUGGGAGUGACGCAGGAGGCCGAGCGCGAGGAGUUCUACGACGAGACGCGGCGUCUGUGUGACCUGCGGCUCUUUCACCCCAUCCUCAAAGUCAUCGAGCCGCUGGGGAACAGAGAGGAGAAGAUCCUCAACCGGGAGAUCGGUUUCGCUAUAGGGAUGCCCAUCUGUGAGUUCGAGCUGGUGAAGGAUCCGGAGGUGCAGGACUUCCGCAGGAACAUUCUGAGCGUGUGCAGGGAGGCGGUGGAGGAGCGCGAGGGAGGAGGCGCACACACACAGGCGCUCUACGUCUAUCCUCCCAACGUGGAGUCCUCCGCCGAGCUGCCGCAGCACAUCUACAGCAAACUCGACAAAGGCCGUCUGAUCGUCACCAUCUGGGUGAUCGUGUCCCCGUCUAACUCCAAGCAGAAGUACACUCUGAAGAUCACACACGACUCUCUGCCGGAGCAGCUGAUCGCUGAAGCCAUCCGCAAGAAGACGCGCAGCAUGCAUCUGUCAGCGCAGCAGCUGCGGCUCUGUGUGCAGGAGUACCAGGGCCAGUACAUGCUGAAAGUGUGCGGCUGCGACGAGUACCUCCUGGAGAAACACCCCCUCAGCCAGUACAAGUACAUCAGGAGCUGCAUCACGCUGGGCCGUCUGCCUCACCUCAUGCUGGUCAGUAAGGACAGUCUGUACAGUCAGCUGCCCUCCAGUGGCUUCAUGGCUCCGUCGUACAGCCGGCGCACACCUCAGCCCAGCCCCUGCCCUGGAGGAGGAGACCCCGGCUCACCACGCUCCCUCUGGGCCUUCAACACACACCUGAGAGUCCGGCUGCUGUGUGCCACAUACGUCAACGUCAACAUCAGAGACAUCGACAAGAUCUACGUCAGGACAGGAAUAUAUCACGGAGGAGAACCGCUGUGUGACAACGUCAAUACACAGAGAGUGCCCUGCUCCAACCCGAGGUGGAAUGAGUGGCUGUCGUAUGACAUCUACCUGACCGAUGUUCCUCGCUCUGCUCGUCUCUGUCUGUCCAUCUGCUCCGUCAAGGGCCGCAAGGGAGCCAAAGAGGAACACUGUCCUCUGGCCUGGGGAAACAUCAACCUCUUCGACUAUAAAGACACGCUGGUGAGCGGGAAAGUGGCUCUGGGUUUGUGGCCGGUUCCUCACGGUCUGGAGGAUCUGCUCAACCCCAUCGGAGUGUCCGGAUCCAACCCAAACAAGGAGACACCGUGUGUGGAGCUGGAGUUCCCCUGGUUUAACCAGACCGUGGUGUUUCCCGAUGAGCAGCAGAUAGAAGAACACGCCAACUGGAAAUCUCCAUAUCGCAGGCGGACGCAGAGCAACUGCGCACACUCUGCAGUCGAGACCCGCUGUAUGAGCUCUCCGAACAAGAGAAAGACUUCCUGUGGAGACAUCGAAAGUCUUCCCAAACUCCUGCUGUCCGUCAAGUGGAACUCACGGGACGAGGUGUCACAGACUCAGAUGAAGUUCCUGGUGGAGCACAUGUCCCGCCCAGAUUACAUGGAGGCGCUGCAGGGUUUUGUUUCUCCUCUGAACCCCGUACACCAGCUGGGCAAUCUCAGGUUGGAGGAGUGCCGUAUCAUGUCUUCAGCCAAGCGGCCGCUGUGGUUGAACUGGGAGAAUCCGGAUAUCAUGAGCGAGCUGCUCUUCACCAAUAAUGAGAUCAUCUUUAAAAAUGGAGAUGAUCUACGGCAAGACAUGCUGACGCUGCAGAUUAUUAAAAUCAUGGAGAAUAUCUGGCAGAAUCAGGGGCUGGACCUGCGAAUGCUGCCGUAUGGCUGUCUGUCCAUCGGCGACUGCGUGGGUCUCAUUGAGGUGGUGAAGAACUCGCACACCAUCAUGCAGAUUCAGUGUAAAGGAGGCCUGAAGGGGGCGCUGCAGUUCAACAGCAACACACUGCACCACUGGAUCAGAGACAAGAACAAGGGAGAGGCGUACGACAGAGCCAUCGAUUUAUUCACACGCUCGUGUGCCGGAUACUGUGUGGCCACGUUCAUUCUGGGCAUCGGCGACAGACACAACAGCAACAUCAUGGUGAAGGAGAACGGACAGCUGUUCCACAUCGACUUCGGUCACUUUCUGGAUCAUAAAAAGAAGAAAUUUGGAUACAAGCGAGAGCGAGUUCCUUUCGUUCUCACGCAAGACUUCCUGAUCGUCAUCAGUAAGGGUGUGCAGGAGUGCACCAAGACCAAAGAGUUCGAGAGGUUUCAGGAGAUGUGUUAUAAAGCGUAUCUGGCCAUCCGUCAGCACGCCAGCCUCUUCAUCAACCUCUUCUCUCUGCUGCUGGGCUGUGGGAUGCCUGAGCUGCAGAGCUUCGACGACAUCGCUUACCUGCGCAAGACACUGGCGCUGGAGAAGAACCAGCAGGAGGCUCUGGAGUACUUCACCAAACAGAUGAACGACGCUCACCACGGAGGAUGGACCACCAAGAUGGACUGGAUCUUCCACACCAUCAGACACAUGCCCAAUGAGCACUGACACACACACACACACACACUCUCACUCACACACACACACAGCUGUGAUGUACAGCUGCUGUCAUAAGUUUACAUCCCCUUUACUGAAUCUGCAAAAUAUUCAUUAUUGUAGCAAAACCGGAGGAGUUCCUAAAAAUGCCAUGUUGUAUUUAGGGGUCCAGAUGGAAUACACUGCAAAGAAUGAUUUUCUUCCUUAGUAUUUUUGUCUUGUUUUCUAGUAUA